AACAUGUAGUGAUUUUGAUCACACCAGUUGCAGGCAUGUAUGUAUGCAAUUAAUUGGGGUUGGCUUGGUGGAAGCAAGAGCAUGCCUCGCGUGAUUUGUUGCCUGUAGCUCGUCGUUGCCUUUCUUGGCGCAUCAAGACAAAUGCAAGAGGUCUGUCAUAUGCCCAAGAUGGCCUCAUCCCCGGUCUAUAUCGCGUUUGGCUGCUGCUUUCUUAUCUUUCUCCUUCAACGAAGGCUCUAUGCGCAAUGAUGAUACCGGAUGGCGUGCUCCUAACGUGCUCCAGUCUCGUCUUCCCAGUCUGAUGUGGAUUAAACUGCUUAGUGAUAUUACGAACUCGACUUGUUGCUGCAGUAUAUCGACAUCGCUGGCCAUUGUGGUGACCUGCGUCUAUAAAAGUCGAAGGUCGUGGUUGCGAAGGUAUCUUGUCCCCUGCCUCCCUCUCUGCACUUGGAGCUAGACAUGGCACCUUCCGUCUCGGAGAUUCAGGAGCAGCCUGCUCCGCAGAAAGUUGACGUUAUUCAGCAGCUCAAGGGCACAGUCAAGAAGGAGGUUCCUCAACCUCCUGCACCGGCCCGCGCACGUCUCGAGAAAGCAGGCAUCAACUACAACGAGGGGUAUCCUUUCUACCCCGACAAGCCCAAGUACAAGCAGGAUGUCGCUGAGAUUCGCGCAGAGGAGCGUGGAUAUGUCGACCCUGGCACUCGUGCCGAUCCCGAGAAGAAAGCCCUGUUCGGUGCUGCGAAGGAGGUCCGAAACCUGACUCGUCACAUCGGAACCGAAAUUGUCGGUCUUCAGCUGAAGGAUCUCAGCGACAAGCAGAAGGACGAGCUCGCGCUGCUCAUCGCGGAGCGCACUGUCGUCUUCUUCCGUGAUCAAGAUCUUUCUCCCCAGGAACAGAAGAAGCUUGGCGAGUACUAUGGAGUGAUUGAGGUGCAUCCCCAGGCGCCCCAGGUGCCUGGCGUUCCGGGAGUAUCCCUCAUCUGGGACGAGGCACAGAGGCAUCUCGGCGAUCCUAAGCGCGCAAGCUAUUUGAACGACCGCAACUUCCGGUUGGCGUACCCUUCGGGGAGCUAUGGAUGGCAUACAGAUCUUGUCCAUGAGCCGUACCCGCCUGGUGUUACCCAUCUUCACCAGGAUUCUGUUCCCGAGGUUGGCGGUGACACACUUUGGGCAUCUGGCUAUUCCGCAUAUGAUAAGCUUAGUCCCACGUUCCGCAAGCUCCUCGACGGUUUGAAUGGGAUAUACCGCUCAGCUCAUGCCUAUCUCGACAAAGAGAAUCCCGAUGCGCCGCCUUCUUUUGUGGAGCGCGUUCACCCCCUGGUUCGGACCCACCCUGUGACGGGCUGGAAAUCUUUGUUCAUCAAUCGCGCCAUGACUGUGGGCAUUGAGGGACUGGACAAGGCGGAGAGCGACGCCAUUUUGAAUCAUCUUUACGACGUUUACGAGCGUAAUGUUGAUAUUCAGGUCCGUUGGCACUGGACUCCGGGCACGUCUGCUCUUUGGGAUAACCGCACUUCCAUUCAUACCGUCUCAUGGGAUUACGAAGGCGAAUUCGGCAGACACGGAACUCGUGUGUCAUCCCUUGCGGAGAAACCCUACUUCGAUUCCAAGUCAAAGAGCCGCCGGGAGGCUCUUGGUCUUGGUCCUUGAGCAGUCGGGGGAGGGUCUGAUCUGUGA